AUGAAUGAACAAUGGCCUGCUAGAAACUGCUCUUGGGCCAUAUUGGGCCGUUGCACGUACAACGAACCCCCCCGCCUCAUUAUUGACGCAGAGUUGGUGGAGGGAGUGUCCCGGACAUGCCGGGAGAUCGCCCGAGGUGGCCUUGCGAAUCUGUGCAAUUAG